AUGACAGACACAGGAGAAAAUCCUGUGAAUAUUGUCCAGAUAGAUCCAAUUAAUUUUAAAGCUAAACGAUGGGUAAAUAUUACCAAAACCAAUGGUGUGCAACCUGAUUCAAUGACAAUCUUUUAUAAUUUAACAAAUCAUCAAUACUUUGUGACAGUACCGUAUGGUAUCAAAGAUGUUCUUGUUGGUAUUGAUUUACAGAAAAGAAGAAUAAUAAGUCAAAUUUCAAAUUCUUAUUUACCAUCGUAUUUAUGUUAUGAUAAUAAAAUGGAUGCUUUCUAUGGUAUGCAAAACUUUAAGAGUAAGCGUGGCUGUCGUUUAGUACGUUUAAAUCCUUAUACUGGCACCAUGGAAAUUUUAUCCGAUGAUUUUAAUAAUUACGAACCAUCGACUGGAAAUUGUUAUGGAGGAUAUUAUUUUACAAUGAUUAUUCUGAAUGUAGAAACACAGAAAAUACUAACAUUUGAUUUAAACAAUAAUGGAAAAUUAAUAGCGAAUAAACCAGCAGAAGAAUAUUUAAAUGCUUUAGCAUUUAUUCCAAUUUAG